GAGGGCUGGAGAUGGUGCUGUAACUAGGAGAGGGCAAUAGGGAUAUUGUUGCAAUGCAUAGAUUAUAUAGUGAAUGCUGACAGCACUUAUUCUCGCUAAUGGGCUGAAACAACUGAGUUAGUACCUCAUUGACAAGAAUAAUUAAUUAAAACAGGAAGCUACCAGAUGGUAUCACAUAUCCUUCCCCUGAGGUGAACUUCUCCAAGGACUUCCAGGAAUGGAGGAAACACAUGUAAGAUGAAGAAGGAUGAGGGAAACAAUAGUCUCUUCCUAUUCCCGAAGUCUCAGCCCUGAGCUCAGACCCACCCAGGUGUAUACAGGGAGGGAACCAGCCAAUGGAAUGCCAGUCCUUGUCACCAGGACUUCAGCUGCCACCCUUGUGAGAGGAGCAGAUGCCAAUAAAUUGUCUCAUGGUCCAAGGCAGCUGGAACUGUAUAAAGCAGCAGCUCCCAGGCCCAGGCUCCUCAGCCAGAGUGAUCACAUACCAUCAAGAAGGAGCACUCUCAUCUGGAGUCAGCAUCAUGUGUGACCAGCAGAAGCAGCCCUACCUGCCUCUCCCAGAGUGCUGUGUGAAAGGGAAUUCUUUUUUCCCCUCUCCCUCUUUCACCCCUAUAAAAGAACAGGCCUCCGGUGAAGUACAAACUCUUCAGACUUGCUGUACAAAGGGCCAAGUUGUAAGCCAAGCUCAAACUUCAUCUGCAAAAGGCCAGACCCUAUGCCAGUCUAAUAUAUGUUCAGGAACGGGUCCAGACCCGAGUCAGUCUCAAGCCAAUCAGAUAUGCUAUAUCCACUACCAGGUCCCACCCCAGGGCCAGGCAUCCUAUGUAGAAUACCAAGUUGCACAACCUGUUCAGACCUCCUACAUACAAUGCUCCCCAGUGUGCUGUACUGAGACUUACUACGUGCAACGCCCUGUGGAGACCUAUGUACCAGCUCCUCAGCCAGUUCAGACUUACGUAGAAUACUACCCUCAAUACCAGACGCAGGGAUAUUAUAGCAGCAGCGGCCCUCAGCGCCAGGCUCAGGGGUAUUAUACCACCUGUACCUCUCAACGCCAAUCUCAGUACUAUGGCGGUGCUGCCCUUCAGAGCCAAUACCAAGGAACUUACGGCAGCUGUUCUCAAAAUCACUAUCAGCAAUCCUAUGGUCGAUGUGGACCUUCCCGCCCCCCUCAGUCCUCUUAUCGGAGCUGCUCUCCCCGAAGACCUCAGCCCUCCUAUGUUGGUUGCAACCCUCCGCGCACAUCCCGGCCUACCUAUCGCAGCUGCUCUCCUCCACACGUGUCUCAGCCUGCCUAUCAGAGCUGCUCCCCUCCACAGGUGUCUCGGCCUACCUAUCGCAGCUGCUCACCUCCAUGCGGCCCUCCACGUGGGUCUCGGCCUACCUAUAGGAACUACUCACCUCCAUGUAGCCCUCCACGUGAGCCGCGGCCUAUCUAUCGGAGCUACUCACCCCCCUGUGUCCCUCGGGAGUCAAGGCCAAUCUAUAGGAACUGCUCUCCAUGUGGCCCUCCCCGCGCGUCUAGGCCAGCCUAUAGGAGCUGCUCUCCUCCCUGUGGCCCUCCACGCAUGUCCAGGCCUACCUAUAGGAGCUGCUCUCCUCCCUGUGGCCCUUCGCGCAUGUCCAGACCUACCUAUAGAAGCUGCUCCCCACCACGCAGAUCUCAGCCUUCUUAUACAUACUGUACUCCUCCACGCCAAUCUCAGCCUUGCUAUAGUAGCUGCCCUCCUAGGCGUCCAGAUUCAGGGUCUUCCCAGAGGUGUGGUCCCAAAUAUCGGGUAGAAAUUUGCUCUCCCAACUGUCCUUCUCAGGUCCCCAUAAGGAGGCAGCCCGUUCAGAUCCCUCCCAUCAGACGCACUUACCAGGACUCUAGUACGCAGUAUUCUUGUAACUCUCCCCAUCCCCAGCCGUGUUCAGAGCCACGUGCAUUCCGAGAUGCGUGUUCCUCCCCGAGGCCAUGCCCGCUCCCAGCUCCUCGCACAUGCUGGCAACCGCGCCCGGAACCGUGCUCCGCACCCCAGCCUGAGCCCUGUCCUGAGCCGCGCCCGGAGCCACGUCCAGCACCACGGCCCUGUUUAGAGCCCUACCCAGAACCUUGCCCGCAUCCGGAGCCACCACAUAUGGAAUCCCGUGGCCCUAGCAGUCCUUGCAACUACCCCAAACCAUGUCCGUGCCCAUGCUCUCCCGGCUGCCGUGAAUCUGAACCUCGCCAUCUAGAUAUCGAGCCACCCCGCUGCGGCCCUGCUGGAUACAAUGAGGAAGAAACCUAUGGCUCUGUAGGAUGUUCAGAAUCGCGAGGGGGUAGCUGUGGUCCCAAAGGUGGGGCUUUUGCUGGAGUGAAGAGCUGCUAUUUCUAACAAGCUUAGUAGGAGAGAAUUUGACUUUCCAGUCAAAUAUAUAUGUUUGAAGCCGUUCUGCUCAAAAAUUUUCAAUGACUCUCAGCAGCUUACAGGAUAAAUUCUAAGUUUUCUUACCUGAUAGUCAAGAAACUUCACCAUAAGGCCAAAUCCUGUAUGCCUCUCCCCUCUCUUUUCUCUUCUCCCAUCUCUCUCUCUCUCUCUCUCUCUCUCUCUCUCUUUUUCUCUCCCCCCCACCUUCUUUACAUUUCUCUGUCUCUCUUUUCCCCUCCAUCCCUCUCUCCCCAGACUUAUCUCGCUAGUUAUCAAACACAUUUUGCAUUUUCUCACCUUUACAAGACCUGCUCAACUCCAUUCCCUUCUAGCCAUGACUCAAGGUCCCUCCUCCAUAAACAAAAUUCCAGCCUACUUUGAUAGUUCUUUGCUCUGAACACUCACUACCUGGUCCCUAUGUUGCUGCUGUGUGGGUGAAAUAUUCUCUGCCCUGAGACAUCAUUGGAAAUUUUUAUUUUCCUGGGAUUUAUGUCCAAUCUCCUCCAAAAGUUUGGGAAAUUAUGAGAGGGCAGGAGCUGUGUCUUAGCCUUCUUUGUAUCCUUUCAGAGCACCAUGCCUUGAUUGUAGUGACUAAUUGUUGUUGAUUGGCUGAUCCAUCCAAACUCUCCUUCCCUCCAUAUCACUUUCACUGGUGGGUCUUGGUUCAUUCUCCCUCUCUUACCCUCUCCUCGAUGACACCUGUCCUAAACCACCAAGAGACAGGAUUGACAGCAAACUUGCAACAAUAAAGACCAGAGUUUAAAGACCA